CUGCAGGCGGACGACUGCGCGGAGCACGACACCAGCCAGUAUGAGUUCAAGCACGUGCUGUCGGAGCAGGUCGUCUACAGGAUGAAACGUGGGACGACGAAGAAGGAGCAGAGCCUCCCCUUGCAGACCGAGGGCGACGAUGAUCCUGAUGACAACGUCAUCGCGAAGUGGUCCGACGGAAUGACGUUCGAAGUUCAGAACUACACAAACAAGAUGCUGGAAUGGUACCUUCAGCAGCAGUCCCGCAGCAAGGGCAACGCGUACGGGGCUUGCACCAUCAAGAGCAUCGGCAGCGACGACUCGAAGGACGGUGCAGGCUGGAGGCUGGUGACAUGCUCCGAGAAGCGCAAGCUCGCUGACAAGACGGAGGCCGUGUCGAACAUGCUGCGCAUCUUCCGCACGUGCAAGGGCAAAUCCAGCGCGAAGCUCCAGGUGACG